AUGUCAACAACAACUUCCCCCUUCAAGAUCGCCGUCUACUGUAUCUGGACAUUCCAAUUUGGCUGGCUAUUGGCAACAAGCAUCGCCAGUAUCUUCUCAGGUGGAAAUGUUCCAAAUCCUAUCGCCCUGCUUCUUCUCCUCUUCCCCAUCACCUUUGAAGGUUUUCUCCUUUUCACCACGGCCUCUUGCUUUUCCGCUCUGUCUCCAUGGACUAGACGAAUCAACAAAUUCUUCUACGAGACCCGGGAUUGGGCUAUGAUUCUUCCUGUUUUGACCAUAGUCUGGCUCCUUGGCAUUUUUAUGAUUGCGGGCUUCGCUGCUCAAGAUUUGAUUGCUGGAGGAGGGUCUCUUACUAAAUCUAUUGGGUUUUUGAACACCCGCAUUUCUAGUGUUAUCGCGCUGGUCGUUUACAUCGGGGGCAUAUGUUCAUUCAUCCCACUGCCUUUCUGGAACAUUUAUGUCGGUGUCCAGGCAUGCAUCCGGGUCAAGAAUUUAAAGAGCCCCGAAGAGGAAGCAAUAGGAUUAACCGCCAAAGAAGACGACGACGAAUGGAAUGACUUUCAGGAUAAUCGGGGUAACUGA